GCAAAUUGAACAAAAAUUACACAACGGUGAUGUAUUUCUCUUGGACAGAGGUUUUCGCGAUGUGAAAAAUUAUUUAACGGCGAAAGGAUUCGUUGUAAAAAUGCCUGAAUUUGUUGACAAAAAAAUAUUAGGUCAAUUAACAACAAUCCAGGCUAAUUCAUCACGAAUGGUGACAGCUUGCCGUUUUGCUGUUGAAACUCGCAACGGCCAUAUGAAGACUAUAUGGCAAUUAUUUGAUAGAACUUGGAUAACAUAUGAUCUCCCACAUGCCAUGACUGACUAUCGUAUUGGGGCCAGUUUAAUAAACAAGUUCCGUUUAACAUUUGAAUCCAAUAAAAAUGAUGCCGAAACAAUCGCUCAAAGUAUGAUUGAGAAAGUUGCCAAGAAUGAAUUUAGAUUAAUAUCCAUGGGGAAUUAUCAACCACAUCUGGCAUUAUCCUAUAUUCAUGAGCAAAUUGAACUUGAUGGUUUGAAGAUUUUCGUUUAUCCCGUCAAUCUCGUUAAGACUGUUUUUAAGAAUUUGAUAAAGAAAUAUGAAAUUAAGUCACCAAUUGUUGUAUUGACGUUUUUUAAAUCGAGAUUCCGUAAUAAUGUGAAGCAUUAUGUUUAUAUUCUCGCAGAUCAGGCCAUAAAAGAUAGAAAAGCUUAUUUGGGUUAUUACAGAUUCCAUUUGGACGAAAUUAAAGGGAAAUCACAAUUUAUUGAUAACUUUUUUCAGCAAGUUCAACCACCACCACCACCACCUCAAGUAAAAUAAAUCACAUUUCUGUUUAUUCAAUUUAUUUAAGAAGUGU